CCCCCCCUAUAGAUGGAGCCCCCCCAGGGGGUGUUUCGGGACGACACGGCGCUCAAUGGGAUCCAACUGCUCUGCAAUGAGAAGGGGGUCAUCACCUCCAGCGAGGGGCUCUGGGGUUCCUGGCUCCCCGCCCGCGGCUGCCCCCGCUCGUCCCGCCUCACGUCGUUCCGGUUGCGGGUGGAGCCCCCUCGCGGCGGGUUCCGGGACGACACAGCGGCCAACGACGCGUCGUUCAUGUGCUCGGACGGGACCGUGUUGGACGGGGGGGGCGGAGCUCGGGGGCAAUGGGGCAAUUGGAGCCAGCCGUGCCCCACACAUGUGGGGAUCUGCGGCAUCAGGACCAGGGUGGAGGCACCGCAACGGUCACAGGAUGACACCGGCCUCAACGAUGCGGCCAUGGUCUGCUGCACUCAGUGAUGGGUCACAUAGACAUCACCUAGAGAUGACCCAUAGCUGCCCCAUAGCUGCCCCAUAGCUGCCCCAUAGCCGCCCCAUAGCCAUCCCAUAGCCACCCCAUAGCUGCCCUAUAUCUGCCCCAUAUUCAUCCCAUAGCCCUCCGUAUCUGCCCCAUAGACCCCCA